AUGACCCAGGCCAUCCGCAUACUCUCCGGACCGGGCUCUGUGUACACUCGUGGCGCCACCUUCAAGGCUGGUGCCAACGAGAACUUCAAGUCGCCCGCAUAUUACGGCGUUAAUCAUAACGCGUGGAUCCAUGUCUUUCCGGAGGGAUGUGUACAUCAGCAUCCUCAAAAUGCCCUGAGAUACUUCAAAUGGGGAGUGUCGCGGUUGAUCCUUGAGUCCGACCCUGCCCCCCAGCUGGUCCCCAUCUUCAUCGAUGGAUUCAAAAACAUCAUGCCAGAGGACAGAGAAUGGCCACGGUUUUUACCGCGCAUCGGUGCUAAGAUCCGAGUCAUUUACGGCAGCGCCGUCGACGUCGAUGAAGUUUUCAGAGAAUCACGCUCAAAAUGGAAGCGUAUGGUACGAAAACAAGAGGAGGUUUUAGGCAGGUCAUUGAACGCUGGCGAGGUACCUGAAGUACUCAAAGAUCACCCCGAGGCUAUUCAACUACGCAUGGAGGUCGCCAAAACUGUCAGGGCAAUGGUUCAGAACCUGAGGCUCAAGGCGGGCUACUCGGAUGAUGACCAUUCGUACGCGCUCGCAAAAACCUGGGAGAGAGAGCCCAAGACAAAGCAUUUCCAUAGCCCCGUCGAUGACAGUUUGGUCCGUAAGGAGUAG